AUGCGAAAAUUUUUGGAAUCCAUAUUUUGGCCAAACCGCGCCGCGUCCCCGAGCGUGGCGCGAGACUACUACCGCCAGGCUGACAUGCUGCAGGCGCCACAUCUGGCGGGUUCCAAGAGCCGCAUCGACUUCCGCAGCCUGGCCGUGGCCCCCGAGUUCCAGCGGCGCGGCUACGGCGAGACGAUGGUGCAGUGGCUGGGCCUGCAGGCGUGGGAGGAGGACGUUCCCGUCUUUGGCGACGCCAGCACCAACGGACUGCCCAUCUACCUGCGCAACCAGUGCAAAGAGAUUGGCAAGAUCCACCUGAAGCAACAGGUCGUCGGACUGGGGAGCGGCAAGGAUUGUUUGAUAUGUUCACCCAUGGAUGUCAUUUGCCUGAGAUGGAAGUCUCCCGAGGGGGUGCCGAUUUGGGAUGCAGCGUCGCACUUCAAGUUUGUGGCGGAAAAGCCGACCGACAUCUCGGGAAUGCUGGAACUAUGA